AUGUCAAACCGAAAAACUGUUAGGGCUACAGAUCCUAAUUUUGAAAGACAGGUUAUGGCUUGGUUUGAAGAAUCAAAUGAGGAAUUGUCUAUUGAUCAAGGUGAUUCCGAUGAAAAACAAUGGCCAGACGAGAACGAAAACGACGUAAUUGAGAAUCAUCAUACAUCUGAAGAGGAAGAAGAAGAGGAGGAAGAGGAAGGAGAGGAUUUCGAUAAAGAAAAUGAAGAACAACCAAAUCAAAACUAUUUCUAUGGGAAAAACAAAAUUACUAGGUGGAACAAAAACUGCCCAGUUAAUUCGCGAACGCGAUCACAUAAUAUUGUUAAGAUUCGAGUACCUGGCCCUCAAAGUAGUGCAAAAAAUUGUAAAACGGAGUUGGAAACACUAAGAUGCUUUUUAGAUGAGGAAAUUAUAACUCUUAUUGUGAAGUACACUAACAUAUACAUUAACGAAGUAAAGGAUAAAUAUAGUCGGGCACGGGAUGCAAAACUGACAAAUAAUGAAGAAGUAUUAGGUUUAAUUGGUAUUUUAUACCUUGCUGGUUUAUUACAAUCUGGAAGACAACAUAUUUUGCAAAUGUGGGAUAAUUCAAAAGGAUUGGGGGUUGAAGCUAUAUAUUUGACAAUGGGAAUUAAUCGUUUUCGGUUUUUGAUGCGUUGUCUCAGGUUCGAUAACAUAAUAGAUAGAAAUGAAAGAAAGAAGACUGAUAAUUUGGCAGCAAUUCGCAAAAUUUUUGAAAUGUUUGUUUUAAAGUUUAAAAGUAUGUUUAUUCCUUCACAAUAUCUAACUUUAGAUGAACAACUUAUUGCAUUUAGGGGAAAUUGUCCAUUCAGAACAUACAUACCUAGUAAACCAGCAAAAUAUGGCAUCAAAAUUUUUGCGCUUGUUGACUGUAAAAGUAUUUAUACUUGUAAUCUAGAAAUCUAUUGUGGUAAACAGCCAGCUGGUCCACAUUCCACCUCCUGGAAAAACUAUGACUUAGUUAUGAGAAUGAUUGCGCAUAUAACGGGAACUGGCAGAAAUGUAAGUAUGGAUAACUGGUUCACCAGUGUUCCGUUGGCGGUUGAUUUGCUACAGAUGAAAACCACUAUAAUUGGUACACUACGCAAAAAUAAACCAGAUAUCCCCCCACAAUUUAUAAAUGCUACACACAGAGAAGUUUAUAGUUCCCUAUUUGGUUUUCAUAAAAUGUGUACUCUUGUGUCAUAUGUACCAAAACGUAAAAAGGUGGUAUUACUUUUGUCGACUAUGCACCAUGACUGUGCAAUUGAUAAUGACACAGGAGAUCUAAAAAAACCAGAAAUUAUUACCGACUAUAACAAUACAAAUUACGGUGUCGAUAUGUUAGAUAAAAUGUGCAGUCACUAUGACGUCUCACGAAAUUCGAGACGUUGGCCUUUAACAAUUUUUUUCAAUUUGCUUAAUAUAGCAGCAAUUAACGGCAUGUGCAUAUAUAAAACUAAAAGCAUAAACAAAAUUGAUAGAAAAUCGGACUUACAAACCAUUGGUUACGAACUAAUUACUCCACUUUUAAGGAAGAGGCUGGAAAGUGACAAUAUAGCUACUAAUAUCAAAGAACACAUAAGAAAGCUGCUAAACAUUGAACCUGAAAUACUUGCAGAAAUUCAACCAAAUACAAGUACAGUUGGAAAAUGUUUCUAUUGUGGGAGACAAAAGAAUAAGAGUACAAGGAAACAUUGCAGCAAAUGCGGAAAAUGGGUUUGUCCUGCGCACCUUCGUCAUAUUUGUCCAAAGUGCAACGAAGAAGACUGA